AUGAGCCGCGCCCCGCUGGGCAAGGGCGGCGGCGCCCGCUCCGCCUUUGGUGGCGCUGCCACGGGCAGCUCUCUGUCCUACCUCGCCGAGCCGCCCUCGUUCGCCGCCGUGUCGGAUCCAAACGUUGUCGUGUCUCUCAAGAAUGUGCUCAAGAAGGACAGCACCACCAAGGCGAAGGCACUCGAAGAUUUGCUGCAACAUGUCCAGGCCCACCCCCACGAGCAGGGAGGCGGCGUCGAGGAUGCCCUCCUCGAUAUCUGGACUCAGUUAUAUCCUCGCAUCUCCAUCGACAAUUCUCGACGAGUCCGCGAGCUUUCGCACACCCUACAGUUCGAACUCCUCAAGUCGGCCCGGAAGCGCAUGGAGCGCCACCUCCCAAAGGUCGUGGGCGCGUGGCUCUCCGGCCUUUACGACCGCGAUCGCGUCGUUGCCCGCGCGGCCAACGAUGGGCUCUCCUCGUUCCUCAAUACGCCCGAAAAGGUGUCCGGCUUCUGGCACAAGUGCCGCGCCCAGAUUCUCGAUUACGCAACCGACGCCAUACAGGAGACCAAGGACACUCUAAGCGACGAACGGUCCACCACGGCCGAGGAAUCCGAAGCCAAAUACUUUCGGGUUGUCACGGCCAGCCUUUCCCUGGUUCUCGGGUUGCUUCAACUCCGAGAUGCAGGUCUAGAGCAGCUCCGCGACAAGUACGACGCCUACUUCAGUGAGGACGUUGUUUGGAAGGCCGUCACUUUCAAUGAUCAGCAAGUCAGGAAGGCUGUGUGUCAGCUCCUGUUUGUCUGUCUCGAGCGCAGGCUCCCUUAUGCCGAUUCUGUCAAGGCUCGCCAGGCAUUCGUGACCGGAGGCCUCAAGACGACUCAGGCGGGAUCUGCGCUCGAGUACGUUAGGGCAUUGACCAAGCUCACCCAGCACGCCCCCUCCAUCUGGGAAGGCAGCCCGAAGGACAAGAAAUCCCCGUUUACACGGCUGCAGGCUUUCAUAGCCAAGGGGUCUCAGGGUAGCCCGCCCAAGUACUGGGAAUGCCUAGAUCAACUACUCGCUCAGCUUCCUACCAACGUUCUGACGGUCGACGCCUCUUCUGGUCUGCUAUCGUCCCUCACAUCCGGCAUCACGAGUCGGGACGAGCCCCGCACGAAUACCUCUUUUUCUUGGAAGUGCUUCGUUGAUGCGACCAAGCGAUGCCUCAAACCUUUGUCUGACGACGAUCGCUUGGCUAUCGCAAAGGAGCAUCUGUUCCCGCUCUUCGAGCACUUUCUGUUUUCAGUGUCUGGCAAGCCGACCGCAAUCCCGCUAGGGCCCAAUGCUAUGUCAGUAAUCGUCGACAUAGACGUCGGCCUCCUCAAUGCGUCUCCCCGCUUGGCCGAAGCCGUCGCCGCUGAGUGGGAUCGCCUGGGCACUCAACUGUGCACAAAUAUCUCUGCUUCUCUUCCGGAGGUCUCCAAGAACUAUCACACAUCGCAGGCGCAGAUCGCAGAGGAAAGCAGGCGCUGGUUCGGCCUCAUCGGGCUGCUCCACGGCGAACGGGAAAAGUCGAACGCCGUCGAUCAUACUGCCAUUCCCUCCGCCAAGGUUGUCUCGCAGUGUCUCAUGCUCCUUGAAAGUAGAAACUUGAAGCCCUUUGGAGCUUCUCAGGCGGUCGAGUAUUCAUUGAGUACGGCACCCCACCUCUUUGAAGGCGACUUAGGUCGCCGUGUCGGCAAUUUCCUUCAGUCGGCUGCUGAGGAUAGCAUGGACAGAGUCAUGCAAUCUGCCUCGUCGCAGAGCCUUUUCGCUUGCCUGCGAAUUUUUGGCAGCAUACCAGGCCAGCAGGAAAGCUACCAGGCCGUAUGGCACGCGUGGACAUUGGCAUCGCUUGGUCUUGCGGAUCCGGAGCGGCGCAACUUAGCUCUGACGUAUCUCGUCUCCCAGCACAGGGCCUCAUCCUUUGCUCAUAGCACCCUUGGCCUUCAAGAAACAAUCUUGGAACAAGCGCGGCUGGCAGCAGAGAUGGACAUUGGCGCCAAUAGCCAUUCCCUUGCGCUUGUACGAGCCGCCUUGGAGCACAAGGCAGUCCAGCCGGACGUGUGUCGCAGGAUAGCCAGGGAGUCGGUGACCCUUUUGUCAGCCGGACCUCAGUACCCAGAGAGUAUUCUUGAGGUGUUAGAAGCCGUUGCCACGAGCGACCCGGAACUCUUCGCCGAGGACGAGGCCAUUCGAACUGAACUUGUAUCAUUGCUUCUCGGGCUUGCAGAGCUUUCAGAUAGCACGGUUUCCGAGAAAACGGCCAGAUUACGAUUACUGGUCGAUGGGCAAAGCAAAGGUUCGCUUCCAGUCGUCGAGAUUAUUCAGUCAAAUCUGGACCGCGCUGGACCGCCAUCUCUCGAAAUAAGCACGCUCGUUUCCCAAGCAAAGGCUGCUGCAGGCGCCGAUGUGCCCUGGGAAGACAUUCUGCCCAGCACGAAUGCUUGGAUGGCAGAACUCUCCCCUUUCUUGGACCAGCCUCCCAAUCCUUCCUUGACCAUCACCUGCAGCAUUGGAGGCGCCCUUGCCCUCGGAAAGCCCGGUGCGGCCCCCUCGUCUUCCCAGAAUCGGGUCCCCCGCGAUCGAAAGGGACGCUCCGUGCCCGUCCGAAUGGCUCUGUAUACAUGCGAGCUUCUCAGCGCAGGGACCCCAAUCAUCCAUCUUCCACGGCAGUUCCAUGUCGAGCUAUUAUAUCUGCAAUACCUUUCGCUGCAGCUGGUGUCGGACCAGAUGACUACGACAGAAGCCGAUGGACUCUGGCAGAACCUGAACUCUGGCGAUGCCGCUACCGAGGCCGAGGAGCUUGUCACGAUGUCCAGAAGAAUGUUGAAUGGUAUCGCUUCAGCAGCGCAUCAGUGGCAUAACUCCACGGACGAGAGUAUCUCUGGCGUCGCUAAUGGCUUGAUCGAACUGGCGAUGAAUGAGGCGACUGAGUUCUCUCCCAGAGGCGUGUACAGCGCUCGCAUUCUGAGCGAGUGGCUACAGGCGCUCACGGAUGCUCAUGGUCUUCCUGCAGGCACAGAAGAACGUUUUCUUCGCUCAGACUUCCUCAGGGCCAAACCUGAAACUGUCUUGGUAGCCGCGGCGCUCGUAACGGGCUUCGGCGAGCACCUACGGGCAUCAAAGGCUAUCAGCAACUUUUGCAACCGCUUGGUGAGCGACAUCGCUGCGGCAAACGUGGCGGACGGCGAGCGCACAAUCAUGACGCUUGCUCUCUUCACCCUGUGCGCGCAAGUGUACGACAUUGGCGAGCUUCCCGUGGCUAAUAACCGGAUUGUCUUCGCCGCGAAGCAAAUCACGUCCUGGGCAGAUGACCUCGACGUACUGGACCCUAACCUCUGUGCGGAGAUGUGUCGUACACUUACUUGGCUGCUUCCCUGCAUGAGGGACGUUUAUGGCUCAUACUGGGAGAAGGCCCUGCAGCUCUGCAUCGGAUUAUGGGAGCGUGCCGGGCAGCUCGUGUUGCCCCAAGCCCUCCCCUUUAUUUACUCAUCACUGAAGCUGUACAGAGCGCUUGAAGGCAUCCAGGAACCAAACGACGACCUUCAAGAAGCCUUGAGGGACUUCUCGGCGGCCAAAUCGAGUGGGCUAGUGGAGCUACUGAAGCUCCCUCGUGACUCGACGUCGCAGCCACUGCAGAUUGUUGACGAAAUGAUCUGCCGAGAGCUCGAUACGAUCCCUGUAUCACGCAUCCCGGAUCCCGUAAGCCUGUUUCCUUUGGUCGCCUCUGAGUCGCAGGAUAUCCAGACUGCAGCAUUCGACAUGCUGCACAGAAAAAUACCCGAGCAACAGGAACAACAAGCGCUUGACAUCCUGCUUGACAAAAAAGAUGCCCGGCUUCCGGACGAGCUCCUCUCGCUGCUUCUGGACCCCCCGACGCUGGAUAAGUUCUCCGACGAGGCGCUGGCCGAGUUUCCCUCCACCAUUCGUUGUUAUCUUUUCACAUGGAAACUCCUCUUCGAUGCAUUCGCGGCCUCUGUGUUCAAGGUGCGGAACGACUACACCGAACAUUUGAAGACAGGCGAUUACGUGAACCCAUUCCUGGAAUUCUUGUUCGAUGUGCUUGGACACUCGGCAGCGCAUCCCUUGAAUCUCGACAAGGAAGGUCUCGGGACGCAUGAAAUUUGCAAUUAUGACACCGCCCUGGCGGAGGCGGAGCCAGCCGAGAAGAGCUUACACUGGCUGCUUGUGCAUCUGUACUAUCUGACACUGAAGUACAUUCCUGGGUUGUUCCGAACCUGGUAUAUCGAUUGCCGGUCGAAGCAGACCAAGAUGGCGGUCGAGUCGUGGACGACAAAGUAUUUCUCGCCACUCGUCAUCUCUGACACACUCGACGGCGUGCAGGCUUGGGCAGACAAACAGGAAGCGCCGGCGGGAGAUGAACAGGAGCUCCUUGUCAAGGUCUCCAAGCCAGCCAAAGAGGUCACAGCAGCCUACGAUGUGGAUGAGUCGCAGGCUUCCAUCGGGAUCAAGCUGCCCUCGAGCUACCCCAUCGAAGGGGUGACGGUGCUUGGCCUGCACCGCGUGGCUGUAUCGGAGCGCAAAUGGCAGGGCUGGAUCAUGACGACGCAGGGAGUCAUCACCUUCUCGAACGGCAGCAUCAUUGAUGGGCUGCAGGUGUUCAAGCGCAACAUCAUAGGUGCGCUGAAAGGUCAGAGCGAGUGUGCCAUCUGCUACAGCAUCAUCUCGACCGAUAAACGCACGCCGGACAAGCGAUGCACAACCUGCAAGAACCUGUUCCACCGCACCUGUCUGUACAAGUGGUUCCAGACCAGCAAUCAGAACACGUGCCCUCUGUGCAGGAACCCGAUCGACUACCUGGGAGCGGACACGCAGAAGCGGAGACCGGAGCUGCGAUAG